AUGCCGCGGGAAGCUGUUCUGUGGUUUGUAUUUGCUGCUACUGUGCUCCUCAGUUGCGUGUCGGCCGAGGAAUGCGCAAUAGCGAGACGGUUGCGUGAGAAUGAGAAUAGGCUUUUCCUUGGCCUCCGCCCCCCGGAGGGCUUAAAAAUGGCCCAUACGGGCUGCAUCAGGUGGUUUGGGGGCUACUGGAGCUACGAGUUGUGUCCGGGACGGUGGGUUCGGCAGUACCACGAGGUCAAGCAUGUGAUAGUGGAGGAGCACAUUCUCGGUGUGCAGCACCAGUGGCGCCUCAGAGACAAGGUGGGGUCGCAGCUCCUGCAGUACAGCGAUGGGACUCAAACCAUACCAGACCGGCUGUUGAAGGCUGGGACGACCCUUGAUGAGGGAAAUUCAUUGUAUUCAUGCGCCAAGAAAGGUACGGAGGCUCGUGUGAAACAAGUAGACGUGACGUAUCCUGAGGGUUCUCCGUGUGAGACGGGCUUUCGGCGCUCUUCUUUGUUGCAUUUCGUGUGCAAUGAAGAUGCCCACAUUCCUGUUGUAACCCUGAAAGAGCCCUCCUUCUGCGAGUAUGAUAUUACUGUUGUGGCCGCAACGAUUUGCGAGGCGAUGUUUAGAGUUUCCAAAGUAGUUCUUGAUCUGGUUGAUGCAGACAUGAAGUUUGCCGUUUAA